CAUACAAGUACCUCGCGAGAGGGAGAGACGAUAGGCGUCGCGGCGGUGUGGACGCCGCCCGUCACCCGGUGCUCUCCUAAACGUCGUCUUCAUCAUCAUCAUCAUAAUCAUCAUUGUAAUUCUCAUUCGUCAUUUAAUUUUCUCUCAACAAAAAUUCGUCCUUGUCUUAACGAAAAAUUUAUAAAUAUUUUUUUUUUCCUUAUUUUACAAUCAUCGAGUGUCCGUCCCUCGAAUUCAAUAACAGAAAAACCAUCCCUCGAGGUGAAUUCCGAGAAUUUAGUUCUCUUAAAGAGUGUCCGACGGUAUAAAUUGUGUGUUGAAAAAAAACUAACGAGUUUUAAAAAAAGAAAAUCUAUUCUUCUUUUUUUUUCUCUCUCUCUCUCUUUCUCUCACGAGAACAGAAAGGUCCAGAUCGAUAGGCUCAACGACAUCGGGGUGCGGCUAAUUCCGGCAUGUCUGGGGCCCCAAUCACCAUGGGACCAUCAUCAGGAGGUCAAAUAAAAAAAUCAGCGGAAAUUUCAAUGAAUCCAAGAAAUCUUCCCAAUACAAUGACACCAGCUGUGUUUCUUGGUGAUAAUGAACUACUUCGAUCGAAUCCAGUCACCUAUCAGCCACAGGUUUUUUCCUUGAAGGUUGAUGUAUCGACACAGGUCGAUCUUCAUGGUGGUUCAAUGCACAUGGAUUGGGAUCGUCGUGCAACGCCACUCUAUUCACGUGAAGAUAUUAAGGAACAAUAUUGCAUUACAAGUAGACAAUUGGAUGCUGUUGAAAGAUCAGGAGGUGGAAUAUUUGGGUGCCUUACCAAUAGAGGACCAUCGCCAUGUAGUUCAACAAAGGCAUCAAUUCUUUCAGCUUGCGUUCGCAGUGCUCCAAGUGAGGAGAAUCUUUGCGAUGCUCCAUAUCCACGUAAACCAUUGCAAAUAAUGUACGAACAGCCUUAUUCGACUUAUCCACGUGGAUUAAAUCGCUAUAAAACUGAUGACGACGAUGAUUUAAUUGAGAGUUCCUAUUUUCGUCGUAGGCCAACUUCUUUUUGCACUGUUCCUGAUCCUAAAAGGUAUACUUGGGACCCAGAGGAUGAAGAAUUGACAAAAUUAGAAGGACCAAGACCAGUAAUAUCGCCAAUUCCACCGUCAUCAUUACAAACUUCAUCGUUGCCAAAAACAAAGCAUGUGAGUUUUGCGAGGUCACAUACAUUAACGGAAAUGCCCAGUACUCGAAGUCCUCCAAGACCUCACAAUCAAGAACGACUCAUUGACUCGCAACCAACCAUGCAAGGCUCUGUGUGUUCCACGUUGCCUUCAGCACAUUCUUAUCCAGUAGCCGAGCCUCGAAUACUUGUUCUCGAGAAACAACCGAAACGAGGUGCUAUGAAAGCACAAGCAACACAAACUGAUGUUCCAACGGGUUUUCGGCGAAUUCCACCUGUGACCUUGAGUCCAAGGACAAUUCAUCGGGUAAAAAUGGUAUCGCAAGGAGCCCAAACAAAUGGCAUUUGUAAUGGAAGAAAAUUGACAAAAAGUUAUUCAGAGGCUGGUCAUUUUGGAUCACCAUUGGGUCAUACAAAAGAGGAGGGUGAUCAUGAACCACUUCAGAGGACACAAAGUGAAGAACCCCCAAGGUCACCGUUUAUGGUCGAUACCCCACCACGUUCACCUCAAACAAUUAAGGAACAAUUUCAAAACGGUGACAUAAGUCAAGAUAAAAAAGGUCAUUUUGAAUUGGAUGAUCAGGAAAUUUUAAUUGAUUUUAAACCAGCGCCCGUGUCACCUGACGCAAGAGCAAUGUUGGAUCGAAUAUCAAAACCAAUUCGUCGUUUUAUACCACUUCAAAAAACUUUAUCGGAUGGUGAAAUAAGGGUAGAGAGGCGUGAAUUGAUUGGCGAAACUGGUGAGCCAAGUUAUCCUCACACAUGUCAAAGAAAUCAUCAGGAUCCUUGGAAUCGAAAUAUUCGCGCUCAUGUACAAUUUUCCUCAACACCCGACGAUCUUUCAUUCCUGAGGGUUUCUUCACCUCAGGACGAUCCCAUGGAAGAGGAAUUUCAUGAAAACAUUGUUCGACGAGGUCUCUUUCGCAAGAGAAGUGUUUCACUUGAAGAUGGAGUUCAAGGUAUCUGUAGCAGUGAGAUUUUAUUUCCACGAUCUCUCCCCACCUCACCCACUUCUCCUACUGCUAUUGCAGCGCCUAAUAGAAUUAUUCAAAUAUCAAGAGAGGAAUCAUCAAAUCGAAAUUUCCUACGCACUGGUCGAGUAAUUGGAUUGCUCUCUCCAUUUGCAUCAUCUGAUUCUUUGGCAAACGAUGGAACAAGAGAUCACAGUGAUGGUAUUUGGAAUGAAUCACAAGCGACUGUACUUCAGGCGGAUUCAUUAGCGUUAUUAACGCCCUCUUCAAGAAGAAGGCAUCUUUUACUUCUUCAACAUCAACAACGAUCGUCAAUGGAUACCGAGGCCCUUGACGUUGAAGAUGAACUCGAUAUUUCACCAUCAAGUCCACGUAUUCGUCUCGAAGCUGCCACACCCGUCACAUUAACGCCAAGCAUCGAAGCAUCGUCUUUAUUGACAAAUGGAAGACCAAAGAGUGGUUCAUUGUGGCGCACUGGUCCUCCUUAUUCACAAACUCAUUCGCAAUCAUCAAGUGAAUUUGGAUUAAGUUUAGCGCGAACUGAUUCUGGUGGUCGAACUGACGUUUCGGAGACUUCGACAACCGAUGAUUAUAUCACUGCCAAUACUUCAACAGGAACAGGAACCACUGGUACUGGAACAUCAGCGACAACAAGUUCAUGGUCUAGACCACCACUUUUACCAUCUAAUGCUGCACCAUCAGUAGCAUCGGCAACGGCUACUGCUGCUGAUGGAAGUUCUUUUGAAAGUGCCAGCUCUAUAUACAGUUUAGCUAGAAGCGAGGCUGUUGUUGAAGAACCAAGUAGUCCACAGCCAAUUAAGGAAGAAACUUUAGCUACGGAACAACCACCUUCUCCAACGAGAUCAACAUCCAGUAGCAGUUCUGGAAGUUAUGAUUUAGAAGACACUGCUGUAGUUCAAGAACCCUUUCCAACUGCUUCUCUCAGUGGCCACACCUCCGAAGUUGAAUUAGAUCGCGAGGAAGGACAACGAUCGUCAUCAGGUGGUUAUGCAGAAUCACCGCCUGAUCAUCAUAUGUGGACAGAGGAGGAGCGUAGAAAACGAAGAAAAACAUUUACACUUGAUUUUCCCGGUAGUGAAAUUGAUGUUGAACGUUCAACUGAAAUGAUAUUAGAUAAUAUGGACGUAAGUCCAACGCCAAGUCAUCGUCAUAGAUCGCGUACAAAACCAAUGUCAACAAAAAGUCCACAUAGAAAUAAUAAACGACGUGAUUCAACGCAACAGCAAUUAAUUCGAAGUCCACAAAAAGAAGAAUGGCGUGAACAAACUGAAGACGGUGGACAUGUACAAACAUCUGAUGAUUCAAGUUGUAGUCAUCAUUAUCAUCAUGUUCAUCAUCAUCAUCAUCAUCGGCAUAGAGAUAGUGGAGAUGGUACACAUCAUCGACGAACAAGAGAAAGUCCACGACGUAAAACUGGAAGUAAUCUUUCUUCUCGAAGAAGAAGUAACGAGGAUAAAAAUGCAGCAAUAACUGGUAGUUUGCCAAGAAGAAGAUCACGUGCAUUGGACGAUAUUUGUACGACAAGAUUGAGUCCUGGACGUUAUCAAAGAAGUCCCGGACAUAAUGGACAUACGACAGUUAUUGUAAAAUCACCAAGUCCUGAGGCAAGAUUAAAGGCAGUUUCUGCUGAAUCGUUGAGAUCAGUUAGUCCAGGUAGUGAUAGUGUUUUCUACAGUGAAGGAACUGAUCAAACUUUAGAUACUCCACAUUGUCAUCAUUGCGGACGAGAGGUUCCGGAAGAUAUUGUUCAGCCACCGGCGGGUUUUGCUGAUUCGCCUGAUAGUCAUCGAACAACUCCAAAGCACACAACACCUAGGCUUUAUAAAAAAUUUGACAAAAGAUAUCGUUCAGAGGAUCGAGGCGAUAGACGACAUCAUAGAAGCACUGGAGGACGUUCAGAUGUUAGAGCAAAAUCCGAAGAAAGAGGAGGGAGAUCAAGUAGUCGGGGAUCAGUUGAAGAUGGAUUAAAAAGAAGACUUCAAGCUCGAAGUACUGAUGCGAGUUUGGAAAUUUUAACAGGUCGAGAGGAUGAGGGCACUUAUAUUGAACCAUUCACAAGUGGAGAAUGGAUUUAUAUCGGUGAUCUUCAAGAGAGUUUUGCGUGGAAAAGACCUGACAGUAGAGAUGACGACGAUUUUCCCGAAUAUUUUGCCAAGGAACGAAGAAACUCUCAGGAAUCAACUGGAAGUGAAAAGUGCUUUAGAAAAAAAUAUGAAGCCGCCACUCGACGAAUGGUACACAGAAAAACGAGCAUUGAAAUGUACAAAAGAAUUCAACGAAAAAAUUUCGAAAGUGACAAACGAGUGAUAAUAAAACGCGAAGCUGGUGGUGAAUUUGGAUUUAGAAUUCAUGGCUCAAAACCAGUUGUGGUGUCAGUUAUUGAACCUGAUACACCAGCCGAAAGUUCUGGUUUAGAAAUAGGUGACAUAAUAAUGACAGUUAAUGGAAGGAAUGUUAUGGAUGCAACACAUUCCGAAGUGGUUAGAAUGGCACAUUCUGGAUCAGAUGUCCUCGAACUUGAAGUGGCAACAACGUGUAAUGUUUUAGCGCCACAAAUUGGUAGAAGUGGAACUAAAGAAAGUUCAAUUGAAGCACCAAUUUGCGCCGGUUAUCUAUGGAGGAAAGCUGCCACUUCAUCUAGUCCCGAUAAAUGGGUACGAAGAUGGUUUGCUCUUCGUCGUGACAACUGCCUUUAUUAUUAUAAGACUGACGCGGAUUCACAGCCAGUAGGAGCAGUGAUGCUUUUAAAAUACGACGUGGAGCCAACAUUAGAGAAACGAUUGCACAGCUUUGCCAUCAGAAAGAAAGGAGCACCGACAUUACAUUUGGCUGCCGAUACUGAGGAAGCUGCCGCUAGAUGGAGCACCGUUAUUCGUGAAGCAGUCGAAAGAAAUAAUCAAGCUGGUACCUGGUUAGAUACAUCACUAAGGAUGCAACUGAUGCCACCGUGCUCAAUUCAAAGACCAGAUUGUUUUGGUUAUCUUAGUAAAUUACAAAGACACAUUAGAAGAGCCACUGCAUCAUCAGGAUGGUCACGACGAUAUUGUGUAUUAAAAGAUGCAGCACUCUAUUUUUAUGAUGACGCCAAUGCCGAGCAAGCAUUUGGAGUUGCAUGUCUUCAUGGCUUUAGGGUUCAUGCAAGUGCACCAAAUUCAGGGGGUAGAAAGCAUGCCUUUGAACUAGAACCACCUGAUCCAACUCAAAGGACAUUUACAUUUGCCACUGAAUCCGAAAUCGAUAAAAAGAGAUGGCUUGCAGCGAUAGAAUAUUCUAUCGACAGAUGGAUUAAGGUAGGUUGACUGCAGUCCAUUUAGAUUUAUGAGAAAAACGACAUAAACUACGAAUUCCCCCGUCCCUCGAAUCCAUUUCCGAUAUAAUUCGGAGCAGGACAAUUGCGGCGAAAAAAAAAAUUGAAAAAUCGUAAAAAAAACGAUGAUAAUUUAAGACAAAACUAGAUAAAUAAUUGAAUUUAAUGAGAGAAAGUCAUGAUUCGUUUGGCAUUUUUUCCUGUCAUUUUACUUGGAGUCGUUUACAUUGGAACACUGUUGUUCCAAUCAUAGACACUACUGUCCCAAUGUAAACAACUAUUCACUAUAAAAAAUUUUAAUUUGACAAAUUUUUUUUUUUCUGAAAAAGAAUAAAAAUGUGUAUUAUAAAUUUGAUUAAACAUAAUGUCAAAUGUCACAUGACUUAAGCUCUAAAAAAUCUAAAGUAAAUGAAAAAAAAAGGUUCUAAAAUUAUCAUUUAAUUAAAUAUAUAAAUAUAUAAAUUGUGAUAUCUAAUUUUUCAUAAAGAUUAAAAAAAAACUGAAAAAAAAAUUCUUUUUUCGAAAUAUUGACGACUUUUGUCCCUAUCUCCAACCUCUUUCAGUAAUGAAUCAAUUAUAUUUGUCUCUAUUCCCAUUUGGUGUCAACGUCCCUAACCGUCCCGGAAAAAAAAAUUAAAUAUAUAUAUAUAAUAUAAAGACGAAAAUUUUACAUUGAGAUUGUUAUUUAAAUAAUUAUUACAUAUUGUUGACAAUGUGCUUUAUUUUUAUUGAAUAUAAAAAUAUUCGAUUAUUAUUGUUACAUGUUUUCGAGAUUAAAUUUUAUUGUGAAUUAUUUAUAUAUAUACUGAUAUAUAUAUAUAGUUAUAUAUAUGUAAAUGAAUGGAAUAUUGUGGAUUAUUUUAAUUUUCAUUUGUAGAGAAAAAUUGCACUUAAAUUUUUUUUUUAUUAUAAUUAAAUUAUAUUAAAUAUAAAAAAGUUAAUUAACAUUAUCCACAAUUAUUCAAUAUGGAAUAUAAAAAGAAAAAAUUACGCAUCAGAAACGGGUUCUUAAAAUAAUUUAUAAAAAAAAAUGUUUAUUCUUAUUAUUGCUAUAUAUAUAUAAACUGUUAUGCUUAUAUAAAUAUAAUUAUGAUUAUAAUUUCGGAAAAAGCGCGUAAACAUAAAAAAAACGAUAUUAACAAAAAAAAAAUAUAUAAAAAUUAUAUAAAUAUACACUCACUUAUAUAUGUAUAUAUAUUUAUUGUAUAGAAAUCCAUAAUUACGGAUAUUUUGUCGAUGUGUACGAUAUAAAUAUAGUAUAUAUAUAUAUUUAUGUGUAAGUACGAAAAUUAUUGAACAAAUGUGCAAAGUGACAUUUUAUCGUUAUUAAUUUAUAAUAUAUAAUAUAUAUAUACAUAUAAAUAUAAUUGUGGUCUGAAAGUUAUAAUAAUUGUGCGUAAAUGUGCAACGAGUGAAAUUUUAAUGUUGUUGUUUUAUUAAGACAAAAAAAAAUAAAGUGAAUUUGUAUACCUCGCGCGCACACCCCUUUCGGGUUUUGCAUUUAAAAACAAAAAAAAAAAAAAAUGUUUAUAAAAAUCUACAGAUAAAAGAGAGCACUAAUCAUGACAAAUAUAUAAAAAGAAUACCUAAUUACGUGUUAUAAUAUAUGAGAGCUGAUUAAUUAUUUUAUUUAAAAAAAAAAAAAAAAAUAACAUUUUGUGUCAUGGCGAACAAUGUGUUCUAAAUAAUGGUCAAGGAAAUUGAUUUAAAAAAAAAAAAAAAUUAAUAACCCGCUCAAAAUCUGAGAUAAUAAUAAAGACUUUAAUACAAGUUA